GAGAGAAGUAAUACUGGGUAGAGAAAAACAGUAGUUGUGUAUUAGAGAUAUAUAACCUUUAUAAAGGGCUUACUGUGGAUAAUGUACCAGGUACCAUGGUACAUUAUUUAUAUGGAUUUUGGUAUUUAAUCCUCAUGAUAACUCUAGGAAGUAGAUACUGUUUAUCAUACCCACUUUACAGACGAGGAAAUAGGCUUAUAGAGGUAAAAUAAUUUGCUUAUCAUUACAAAGCUAGGAUGUGGCAGAAUUGAGUACAUUGCAUCAUCUUCUCUGUAUCUUAUUUCUUUGAAUUAUUUCCUGAUUGGUGUGCUACUUUUUAUGUUCAUAGGAGGGCAUCAAGCUUUGGUGUAUGUUUUGGCCAGUUCUGACUUCUUUUUAAAGGAGCACUGCAUUGAGGAAGAUCAAAGCAAGAUUGUUUGCAAAUUAGAGAAUGGACCGUUUGGGUUCCUUCAGCAAUGAUCCCUCUGAUAAACCACCUUGCCGAGGCUGCUCCUCCUACCUCAUGGAGCCUUACAUCAAGUGUGCUGAAUGUGGGCCACCCCCUUUUUUCCUCUGCUUACAGUGUUUCACUCGAGGAUUUGAGUACAAGAAACAUCAAAGUGAUCAUACUUAUGAAAUAAUGACCUCAGAUUUUCCUGUUCUUGACCCCAGCUGGACUGCUCAAGAAGAAAUGGCCCUUUUAGAAGCUGUGAUGGACUGUGGCUUUGGAAAUUGGCAGGAUGUAGCCAAUCAGAUGUGCACCAAGACCAAGGAAGAGUGUGAAAAACACUAUAUGAAGCAUUUCAUCAAUAACCCUCUGUUUGCAUCUACCCUCCUGAACCUGAAGCAAGCAGAGGAGGCAAAAACUGCUGAUACAGCCAUUCCAUUUCUGUCUACAGAUGACCCUCCCCGACCUACCUUUGACUCCUUGCUUUCUCGGGACAUGGCAGGGUACAUGCCAGCUCGAGCAGAUUUCAUCGAGGAGUUUGACAAUUAUGCAGAAUGGGACUUGAGAGACAUCGAUUUUGUUGAAGAUGACUCGGACAUUUUACAUGCAAUGGCAGUAUAUGGGGUAUUUCAUGAGAGAGUCUUGCCUUAAAAAAAAAAAAAAAAAAAAAUUAUAAGAGACCAUGGAUUAAUCAACCUUAGAAAGUUUCAGUUAAUGGAACGGCGGUAUCCCAAGGAAGUCCAAGACCUUUAUGAAACAAUGAGGCGAUUUGCAAGGAUAGUGGGGCCAGUGGAACAUGACAAGUUCAUUGAAAGCCAUGCAUUGGAAUUUGAACUCCGAAGGGAGAUCAAGAGGCUCCAGGAAUACAGAACAGCAGGCAUUACCAAUUUUUGUAGUGCCAGAACCUAUGAUCACCUCAAGAAGACACGAGAGGAGGAGCGCCUUAAACGCACCAUGCUCUCCGAAGUUCUCCAGUACAUCCAGGACAGUAGUGCUUGCCAGCAGUGGCUCCGCCGGCAAGCUGACAUUGAUUCUGGCCUGAGCCCUUCUAUUCCGAUGGCUUCGAAUUCAGGUAGACGAAGUGCACCACCCUUGAACCUCACUGGCCUCCCUGGCACAGAGAAGCUGAAUGAAAAAGAAAAGGAGCUCUGUCAGAUGGUGAGGUUGGUCCCAGGAGCCUAUUUAGAAUACAAAUCUGCUCUAUUGAACGAAUGUAACAAGCAAGGAGGCUUGAGACUGGCACAGGCAAGAGCACUCAUCAAGAUAGAUGUGAACAAAACGCGGAAAAUCUAUGAUUUCCUCAUCCGAGAAGGAUACAUCACUAAAGCCUGAGGCUCUGAGGGCUUGCAAUCAGAAAUCACAAGUUUGGAAUGUGUGGGCCAAAGGACAGUACGGGCAUUCUGGAGAGUUUCAUUUCUGAGCUGAAUUCUCAUUGUAAAAAGAGGGGAAGGACAAAGGAAACCUUAAGUUGUAUUAAUACCUACUUUUUUCUCUGCCCUGCUUUAAAACACUCCUGUUGUUGGUAUUGUGCUGCAGAGUUAUGUGCUAGAUAAGCUAUUAUUAAAUGUGAGUGGGCAUUUAUUCCUAACACCUCUUGUAGCUAAAACAAGAACCAUAGUACCUCACAUCAGAGUGUUGGUAGAAAUAGAAAUGAACCAGUCUUUAGUCCCAGGAGUCCAGCUCAGAUCUUUGUACUUGGGAGGUUGGUUUUCUGAUUAUCUGUUUCACCUUCAAACAUUACAGAAAGAUUUAAAAUAAAGAGAAAGGUUAUGGAGCAUGAGAAAGCUUUCUCUUCUGAAGAUUUCUUAAGCUGACAUCUUCUGUUUAUGAGCAAAGGGAAGGAAAAUUUCCCUGUGAUGGUCUUGUCCCAAACUACAUCUUUCCCUUUAAUGUCUGGCUUUGUACAUUGCUGUCUGACUGUCUAAUCUGCAGUAGACUUUUGAGGAGGUGGCACCGGAUGUUAAAAUGUCUCUGUUAUUUUUAGAAUUAAUGGAUUAAAAUGUUUUGCUACUUAAUUUGUGGGUGUGUCAAAUAUUCUGGUAACUAAAGCACACUUAGGGUGUUGAAUGCCUGCCUCAUCACGCUGCACUGUCUCUGCUAACAUGUGUGUCCCGGAGUCACCCUGGUCUUACUGUGGGUUUCCCAGGAUACCAAGCCCUUGAGGAUGGAGAUGACACAACUAACCUCAGCAUUUGCUUGGAUUGAGACCUGAGCCCUGAUUUCUCAAUGGUGACAGGCUAGCCUGCAAUAAAAGCUACUUUUAAAACAAAAGUAAAGCAGUUUCAUAUAUGAGACUCACUAGAUAUGAGGGUGAGUAGCCCCACCAUAUGUGAAACGAUCCUCAAACCUUCCUACAAAAUAAGCCAAACGCAGAGUCAUGGUUAUUCCAUUUCUGCUAGAAGCAAAGCUGUAUAUAGAAAGAAUUUCAGAAUCUGCACAAAUAGCCUUCAGUAGCUCACUGAUUCCUUAGUUCUUUCAGCGUUCAACAUGUCUAAUUAAAAUAUAUACUUUGGUGGAAGUAUUUGCUCAAACUUUUUGACUGAUACAAAUAUGCAUGCAGCUUGCUGAUAGACUUAUCUAGGGGGUUAUAAAUGAAAAGGAAACUCUUGGGGCACCUGGGUGGCUCAGUCGGUUAGGCGGCCGACUUCGGCUCGGGUCAUGAUCUCGCGGUCCGUGGGUUCGAGCCCCGUAUCGGGCUCUGUGCUGACAGCUCAGAGCCUGCAGCCUGUUUCAGAUUCUGUGUCUCCCUCUCUCUGACCCUCCCCCGUUCAUGCUCUGUCUCAAAAAUAAAUAAACGUUAAAAAAAAAAAAAAAAAAAAGGAAACUCUUAGGAUCAGAGGAAAUUGGAAUAAAAGACUUCAAUCUGAAAAAGGGUGGCUUGUGGAAAUGCUCCCUUUUUUUUGCAUUGUCAUAUCUCUUAGAAAAUGUACGCUUCUACCACCAUCACCCCUACUUGGUUAUAAAGGGAUUGCCUCUUGUUCCUGAAAACUAAUUCCUCUUCUAAAGUGGGGGGUGCAUUAGACAUGGAUGUCAAGUGAUGUCUGUUGUAGUCCCAAGAGUCCUUAGUCUUGAUUAAGGAAGGCUUCCUGAGAGAGGUGAGCUCUUGAAGCAAUGAAACAA